UUGAUUGGCUUUCAAAUCAGAGCUUUGAUCCAACAAUAGCUCAGGCGAGAGCUCAUCGUCAUGGAAAAAGUGAUGUCUUCAGUUACAAGGAGCAAGAAAAUACUGCCACUGUUCAUCACCAAAGAGAGAGCAGCCAUUCACAUCAAAGUCUUUCAACCAUAGUACCUCCACAUCCUAUGGUCAAGGAAGAACUCCCAGUCAUACCUGAUCAAAAUGAUUCCUUAGGUACAGCAUCUGAAAGCAUAAAAGUUGAGCAGGAUAAAGGUUAUGAACCUUUACAUGCAGAUCAGUCUGAUUCUGAUUCAGUUUCCAGUGAUGAACACUUCUAUGGGAACGAUGAGGACGUUGCUUCAAAAGUGAAGAAAGAGAAUGUGCCUUUUGACUUGCCAGCCAGGGACAAGAAGCAGAGAAGUAAAGAGGAUUCUCACAGACCUAAGAAAAGUAAGAAGAGGCAUCACAAGUGGGAUUCCAGUCCUGAGAGAGACAGCAGGAAGCUCAAAAAGAAGAAGAGUAAACAUAAGGAUGAGAAGAAUAUCAGACAUAAGGAUGAUAGAGAGAAGAAGAGAAAGCAUAACGAUGACAAGGAGAAGAAGAAGUAUAAAGGUGAUGGAGAAAGGAGUUCCAAGGAGUACAAGAGCCACAAUAGUAGACCCUCCUCUAUAUGGAUUGAUGACAUAGGUUUUAUACCCGAGACACCUUUCUAUGUGGAUGAAAAAUCAGAUAGGAACAAUCUUUGCUUCAAGUCACUUCACCACACAGACCUCGCCUUCUACCAAAGACUUGGCAAAUCUUGCCUUGGGCUAGAUAGUGAUAAGGAAAUGGUCACAUGGGGAGAUACGAAGAACAAGAAGAAAGGAAAGAAGCAUUUUGGCAAUGCUAGAAGGUACUUUGAUCAGGUUUGCCCUGUUGAUGAAGUUGAAAGAGUUCCCAUUGCAGACAAAAAGCAAAGUGAAAGCAGAGGUAUGGAUUUUACUCCAGCAACCAACAAUGCACAGAUGCCUUUCAUACCUGUAAAACCUAUGACUGAUUCCAAUAGUAAUGCUGAAAUUAAAAAUGUUUCUCAAGUCCAAGACACAAGUGAAUCCGGUAAAAGUGGCUUGUCAGAAGCGGUUGCUACAUAUAACAAGCACCUCCAAGAACACCCUGGUGACAUCGAAAAAUGGCUUGAGUUUGUCCGGUUUCAGGACCAAGCAUUUCAAUCGACUAACUCCCAAGUGAUGGAUGAUCACAACAGCACCAUGCACAUCAAGACCUCCAAAAGAGAACACUUUAUCAAUGAGAAGAAGCUUUCCAUCCUGGAGAAAGCUCUGAAGAUGAAUCCUCUGAAUGCAGAGCUCCAGCGGGAGCAGAUCGAGAUAUGCAGGGAGACGUGGGAAUUGGACAAACUCUCCAGGCAGUGGGACUCCAUCAUCAGGCAGCAUUCUGAGAACAUCGCAAUGUGGAAGCAGUACUUGGCAUUCAAGCAGUCCUCUUUCAGCAAGUUCACCGUUUCAGGUAUUGCAUCGGUCUACACCAAGUACCUUGAAGCAAUGGAGGCUCAUGACACUGCUGUCAAGUUGGAUAUUGUUAUGCAGAUGUGCCAUUUUUGGAGGCAGUCAGGGCAUACAGAGAAGGCUGUGGCAUUACUUCAAGCUCUUGUAGAAUUCAAUUGCUUCUGUCCAGAGAAAGUCAAAGAGUCUAUGACACUUGAAGGCAAGAUAGCAUUCUUUGAGCCAUUUCUGGACAGCAACGAGCCUCGAUUUGGACAGCCCGGUGCUAAAGGAUGGGCUAAGUGGGUUGAACAGAAAGAGAAAGGGGGAUGGUCCAGCCAGUCAUCAGAUGUCAAGAAUAAAGAUGAAGAUGAUAAUGUGAUCAACAAAACACAUGCAGAGUGGCAAGCCUGGUUGGAGGAAGAAGUCCACAGGGAGCGCAUCCAUUUCAUCCCUUGGCAACCUUCUGGUGGAGAGACAGAAGAUGACUGUGACGAUCCCGAGAGGAUGGUCUUGGUGGAUGAUAUCACACCUUUCCUCAUCACCAUCGACUCUCUAGACCUGAAGUUUGAAUUGAUCCUGCACUUCCUGGACUUCCUAGGGGUGAGGAAGCAAGGGCAGCUGUCGUGUAUGCAUAGGAUAUCAACAGAGACGAUGGAGCAUCCUGCAGAGGUCUUUGGCUUUAUGAGCAAAUGUUUCAGUAGAGGUCAUGGUGGAAUUGUGAUGUCAGGAGAAAGAAUGCCAGACCUGUCACAAUUUAGGAGUCUUGACAAGAAAUCUCCGGUGUUUGGUCGAGGUUAUGAAGAGAAGAAAGCAGUUCUUAGCUUUGCAGAUGAUAUCAUAGCCCAGGCGAUUCCUCUGUUUCCACAAGAAGCCAAGAAACACCUGACACUGUUGCAAAUGCAGUAUAAUCUCCAGAGAGUGGAUCCAUGUGCGAGCUUGAAACAGCAAAAGAAACAACAGAAAGAUGGUCAGAAGUAUGCAAAGAGGUUGCUCGGCCAAGAGUGUAAUAGAAACAAUCUAUCUUUGUGGGAAGAGUAUGCAAAGUGGGAGUGGCAUAAUGGAAAUGUGGUGGAGAGUCAGAGGAUAUUUGAAAUGGCACUAGCGUUCUCAAAUCUGAACCUUGCAGCGGAAGAAGACAACCAAGAAGGCAUCUGCAAACUUCUCUCCACCUAUGCACUUUUGAAACUUGGAAUCCUUCAGUCAAAUCCAGCAGCAGACUGUAAGAAAGGUAUUGCGGCAUCAGCACACUCCACCUGCAAACAAGAAGUAUUGCAUGCCCUGACAACUCUUGGUGAAGGGGGAAAAUUCACCCCUUUUUCAGCUAUCCCAGACAAACAUGUUUCUGCAGGACGCAUCCUCAAAGCUCGAAAGGGGUAUGUUGAACUCUUCAAGAAUGCCACCGAUUCUUCUAGGGAUUCCAUACAUUCUUGCCACGUUCGCCUGUUCACAUGCCUGGAUCAAGAAGGAUCGCAGCUUGUUCUCAUUGCCCUCUGUUAUGCUCUCUUUCAGUAUCUCAGUGUAGGAAUGCUGGCAGCAGGAGUGGUGUUUGAAGAAACGCUUUCACAUUGGGAUGGACUUGUGCACCAUGUGAAUAGUACUAUGGAUGAUGUUGAUAAGGGGAUAGUUCAUCAGCAGCUGGACGUUGAUGCUGAGUUGACCAUGUUGUUUUAUACACAGGUUGUGUCUCACCAUGUUCAUAGUCAUCCAAUGCCAGUUACAUCAUUGAGAAACCUUAUGCAGAGAGCCCUAAGGAGGUAUUGUAGAAAUCCUUCCUUAUUGGAAAGCUUGAUUGAUUUAGAAGCAAGGUCUCACAUAGCUGGAAGACUGAGGAGAUACUUUGAUAAGGCAACCUCUGAUUCCAAUGAUCCCAUACCAUGGCUCUAUGCCAUCUAUGCUGAGCUGGUGAGACUUCACAAAGUGGAGGGAGAAUAUUCAGGCAAGGAGACUGGUAUCACCAACAGGCUUCGUUCAUUGUUUGAUAGGGCCUUAUCAAAUAGAUACACAAGGCACUGCGUUCUUUUGUGGCGUCUCUACAUACUCUUUGAGGUGCAGAAUGGUGAUCCCAAGAGAGGGAAGGCUAUCUUUUACAGAGCUCUUCAGCAUUGCCCUUGGGCAAAGAUUUUAUACCUUGAUGCUGUGCGCUACUUCCCUGAAGAACUGCAAGAAGUGAUAGACCUGUUGAUGGAGAAAGAGCUCCGAGUCCGUGCUCCUCUAGAAGAAAUCCAGCUACUCAUGAAGGUGGCUCAGAACAAAAAAGAAUGAGUUGAAGUCAUCAAUAUUGCCCAGCCAGUUUCAAUGAAAAAGAGUUGCCAAUGCUGUUGCACAUGUAUAACUUUACACAUUUGUAUACUUUCUCCCAU